CUGCCUGCUUUACACGCCCUUUGUGCUCCUUUGAACAGCAGUGCAUCCUUUGCAACAAGGCAAAAAAUAAACUUCUGUUUAUAUAGUCAUGGGCUCUUUCCACCGAAGCAACCGAGCUGAAAGCCACUUCCAAGCUCAAGAAGAGCAUGAACUGGACACUCUGGGGAAGAACGCAUGGGACAAUCCUGUGUAUAAUGGUUCACCUUCCUCUUCAUUGAAAAUCAGAACCAUCUACAACCCCAAAUCAAUCCUAGAAAACCCCUAUGAGAAUAUUGAGAAACUGACUGACUCUCCCGCCUAUGAAAAAGAAAGCAAGAAAACUGAGGAAGCAAAGAAGAAGGAGAAGAAGCCCUUCCCUGGAAUCUGUUUCUUUAUCUUCAAAGGCAUCCGAGGACUUUGGGGCACAACUCUGACUGAAAACACUGCCGACGACCGAGAACUUUAUGUAAAGACUACACUGCGGGAACUGUUGGUUUACAUUGUAUUCCUAGUGGAUAUCUGUUUGUUGACUUAUGGAAUGACAAGUUCAAAUGCCUAUUACUACACUAAAGUGAUGUCUGACCUCUUCUUGCAAAGUUCUUCAGAUACUAGUGGAUCCUUCGAGUCCAUUGGAAGCAUGGCUGACUUUUGGGGAGUGAGUAAAACAAGUUUUCAGUAUAAUGUGUUUCCUGUUUCAAGGUGGGAGUAUCACACAGAAAAAGAACUUGACGGCUCCUCUCACUGGGGCAAACUAACAACUUAUAGCGGAGGAGGCUAUUACAUUGAUCUCAAAAUGUCACGGGUGGAAAGUGCUGAAAGUCUUCAAGUGUUGAAAGAAAACCUAUGGCUAGAUCGGGGAACUCGUGCGGUUUUUGUUGAUUUCUCUGUGUACAAUGCCAACAUCAAUCUUUUCUGCGUUCUCAGGCUGUUGGUUGAAUUCCCAGCCACAGGUGGUGCCAUCCCCUCCUGGCAGAUCCGAACAGUAAAGCUCCUCCGAUAUGUCAGCACUUGGGAUUUCUUCGUUGUUUCUUGUGAGAUAGUCUUCUGUGUCUUCAUCUUCUACUACAUUGUGGAAGAGAUGUUGGAGCUACACAUUCACAGGCUACAGUACUUCACCAGUAUCUGGAAUAUCCUGGAUAUAGUCGUCAUACUGCUUUCUAUUGUAGCUAUUGGAUUCCACAUCUUUCGCACCAUUGAAGUCAAUAGGUUGAUGGGGCAGCUGCUGAGAAACCCCAGCAUCUAUGCAGAUUUUGAGUUCCUGGCUUUCUGGCAAACCCAGUACAACAAUAUGAAUGCCGUGAACUUAUUUUUUGCUUGGAUCAAGAUUUUUAAAUACAUUAGCUUUAACAAAACAAUGACACAACUCUCUUCUACAUUAGCCCGUUGUGCCAAAGACAUUCUGGGAUUUGCCAUCAUGUUCUUCAUUGUCUUCUUUGCAUAUGCACAAUUGGGAUAUCUUCUUUUUGGGACUCAAGUGGAAAACUUCAGCACAUUUGUUAAAUGCAUCUUCACCCAGUUUCGAAUAAUUCUUGGCGAUUUUGACUACAAUGCUAUUGACAAUGCAAACAGGAUCUUGGGGCCUAUCUAUUUUGUCACCUAUGUCUUCUUUGUCUUCUUUGUACUAUUGAACAUGUUCCUAGCUAUCAUCAAUGACACCUAUUCUGAAGUCAAAGAGGAACUUUCAAACCAGAAAAAUGAAUUGCAGUUGUCAGACAUCUUGAAACAGGGUUAUAACAGAACACUGAUGAAGCUGAAGCUGAACAAGGACCGUAUCUCUGAUGUACAGAAAGCUUUACAGAAAGGGACCAAGGAGCUAGAAUUUGAGGAUUUCAAGAACAGUUUGAGAAAGCUUGGUCAUGCUGAACAUGAAAUCACAGCAGCCUUUGCAAAGUUUGAUAAAGAUGGCAACCAGAUUCUUGAUGAAGAGGAGCAGAAGAGGAUGCGGAAUGAUUUAGAGGAGAAAAGAGUUGCUCUGAAUGAAGAAAUAGAGAAUCUGGGGAAAUCCUUUGGCGAAAAUGGCUUCGAAGACUCCCUUGCCUUUGCAGAUGCGAAGAACAAUCAAGCAAAUAAAUCUAACUUGGUAUCUGAGGAAGAAUUUCAAAGACUCUUACAGCGGGUACAGCACUUGGAGCAUUCCAUUGGCGGCCUCAUAUCCAAAACAGAAGCCUUGGUUGUUAAACUAGAGGGCACAGAGAGAAGCAAAGUUGAACAUCUCAACGAAAAAGGUCUGAUCCCUCAGAAAAUUGCAAAGGUCAACAAGAAAGAAGAUGGAUUGGAAGCAUUCUUACAGGAGAAGAACAUCCCUAUGAAUUCUUUGAGUUCUAGUAGCAAUGCUGUCUACCCCAUCCUGUCCAAGACGGAGCUUGCAGGCUCUCAGCUGCCCAAGAAUGCUCAGCUACAAUCAAAUAUGAACAUCUAGUACAGUCUACAAAUCCCAGUGCUAUCUUCCCCGCUAUUUCAUGACAUGUAGUCUAGCCUGGACUUUAACUAUAGUUUUAUAUCAAGAGCCAGGAAUUUCCCCAUCUUUCUUAACCAAAAGAAGAUGCAGAUGCUAUUUUUUCUGCUGAACACACGCAUAUAUACAUGCACAUAUAAUCAGCAUAAUUUUCAAGGAGGACAAGUCACAAUGCAACAUUUUCAAAAUCUAAUUGUCACAGAGAUGGAAAGUGAGGUGAAAUCUUCUGAACAGGGGCACAGAUGAAAACAAACACAUGGGUCUUAACCCUUACCUAUGCUAUCCAAAACUUUUUUAAAAAUUGGCUGGAGUUACACUUAAAAAUGUAUCUGUUCCAGCUUUGAACCCAUUUCUCUAAGUCCUGAGCCCUGGAGACUAGGACUGAGAACAAUGGAUACAAACUACAGGAAAGGAGAUUAAACCUGAACAUUAGGAAGAACUUACUGACCAUGAAAGAUGUUCAACAGUGGAACUCACUGCCUUGAACUGUGGUGGAGCUUCCUUCUUUGGUGGCUUUUAAACAUAGGCUGGAUGGCUGUCUGUUGGGGUGCUUUGAUUGUAGUUUUCCUGCAUGGCAGGGAAUUGGACCAGAUGGCCAUUGUGGUCUCUUCCCACUCUAUGAUUUUAUUAUCCAAAUUUAAGUUAAGAACAAACCUACAGAACCUGUCUUGUUUGUAACCCGGGAACUGCCUGUGUUCUUGGCAAAUAUCAGGAUUGUUGAAAUCUACAUCACCAUUACAUCCCUCCAUCUGUUCUAGGAGGGCAUCAUCCAAGUCCUCAGUCUGACUUGGAGGUCUCUAGCAGAUCCCCACAAUAAUGUCCCUGUUAUUUAUCACCCCCUUUUUACCCAGAUACUCUCA